UGCAAGAGCAGCAGACAGACAGACAGCAGGGUUUAGUAGAAAUUAAUAAUAUAGUUCAUCAAUGAGAAUGAACUCAAGCAACCAGCUGAGAAUCUGAGUUCCGAGGCUCUGUUAACGUAAAUUCUUAAAGAUUUACGUAGCCAGAGUGUACGUUAUGUCUGAAAGGCUAUAAUAUUUGAUGAGAGAAAGCCAUACAAGUGAAAAUUUACAAUUUUCUAUCAAAAUUAAUCACCUAUAACACUGCAAACGUUGGAAACGAACAGUUGGUUGAAACGGCUACUGAUUAUUUACUUUCAGCGGGCGUACGAUAUAGAGGUUUAGCCAUAUUUAUCAACCACGACUUAAAUCUCUCUCCCCUCAGCAGAGAGACAAAACAGCCUCAGCCCGAUGAUGACAACAUGGAAUAAACAUGGCCCACAAGAAGAGCCUUUUUAUUGAAGCUCUAGAUAGAUCAGAGGCCAGGAGAGAUGGAGGGUUCAAGCAGAGCUGGAGCUUUUCUUUCUCCGAUGACAGUGAAGAGGAGAGGAGAAAUGACACAUCCCUGGUGACCAUGGAUCAAGUGGGUGGUUGGCAGGAACUUUCCCCUGAAGGGAUGAAGCAGGCUCCCCCACUGAGGCACUUUGGCCCUAUGGAGCCUGUGAAGACUUAUGAAAGACGGCCAAAUCAUUUCAAGUCCCUCAACAGAAUGGGAACAGGCAAGCCCAGUGAAGCACCACACCCAAUGGCAAUCUCCCCACUACCCAACAGAACCAAUUAUUUAAUUGUGAGUCCAGCGCCCUCUCAAGGAGUGGUAGUUCAAGGGAGACUGUUUCAGCACACUCAUCUCCCCAGUCCUGUUAGGAAGCCAGUCCAAAGCAAUCUUGACUUGAAAGAAAGACCUGACUUCACCACCCAGCCAAUCCAAAGAGUAGAACUAGACAACAUUAUUCUCACCUGCCCAGAAAUAUCAGACUCAGAGAAUCUGAACAUAAAAAGGUGUGUCCAGCAGAAACGGCGGUCAAUGUUUGAGGGCAUGGGCACGGUUCCUUCUUCCGGCACAGCAGUGGAGCCUCUGCAGCCAGAUGAGUACUUCACUGUGUGUGGAAACUGUGGCCAGCAAAGUGAAGACCACAUCAAGUGCGAUAACUGUGGGAACUCCCUACCUGCAGAGAACCACCUCCUUCCCACCGUCCCAUCAUCCCCUGCUCCUCGACCCCCCAUCCGCUCCCAGAACUCUCCUGGCCCUACCAACAUGCAGCUCAGCAAGAACUUCUACGGCCCCGCCUCUGGGGCGCGCUCUCCCCAGGUGGACAUUGUUAUGAACCCGCCCGCACGGAUCACACGGGGAAGCCUGCUGCUCCCACACAACGGCAGGCCCUCUGCCACUUCGGCGGGGAACUCUGGGUCAUAUGUAGCCAAGCUAACCAAGGGCAAGAGACAGCCUCUCGCCAAACAGCAUGAACUCAAUGACCCCAUCGUGUUGUCCAGUGAUGAAGAUGAGGAGGCAGACAAUGCCAGCACAGGCAGUGUCAGUCGUCUGGACAGCGUUUCUCCGAGGCCAGCUGACUCGGCCCACUCAUCUCCGGCGCCCUCUGGUGGUAGGGUGGAAGCAGCAGUUAAAGGUGUGGUAGAACAUGAAGAGCAUGCGUGUGAAUUUUUCACAGACAUGGACCACAGGAACAUGGCACCCAGGAGGAACCGCAUGAAAGAUCCAUUUGGGAAUGCCUUGUGUGAGGACCCAUCUCCAUCUAAGAAGCGUAAGGUGGGCCAACCGCAGAAACUGGAGAGCAUUAUUCUGGACUGCAGGAGUGUAAGGAUAGGAAGUCUGCGCAGGAUGGUUACCAAGCCAGUCAUUUUCACAGUCGAAUACAUACAGCUCGAGACGGAAAGUCAAGAGGUGGACGUUCUGGAGAAAGUGCGUCUGAGGUCAUCCGAGCUGACGAAGUGCGAGUGGUGCAGUGUGAGGAAACUGCCUGUACUCUUCUUCCAGACCAGCGACAGCGAGUGCCAGCGCCUACGCACCCAGCUCCAGAUGACACAGGAGAGUGGUGGCCUGUGGUACGACUGCAACGGCAGCAAUGUGGAUGAGAAAUACAUAGUGUUGAUUUUUGAAAACGGCCUGUCAAUGCAGGAGCAGAUGAUUUUGGAAGACAUUUUGGUGGAGAUUGGCCGAAACAAUAACCUUUCGGGCUUUCCUGCCAGGCUGCCCUUCGAUGAGGCCAACAUUAGACUGGUUCAGUAUAACAAAGCAUCAAAAGAAAAGGAGAAAGCAAAAGCACAGAAAGCCAAAACUGUUUUGCCUUCAACAACGACAUCAACAACAGCCGCAACGACAGUAACCGCCUCAGUCACCACAGCCACAGCAACAGUUACUGCAGUAACGGCAAACGCGGUAACGCCGACUCCCACUGCUUCAACAGAGACGGCGGUCAGGACGCGAAUGUCUGCUCAGCUCCAUGCUUUCUACGAUGAAGACGAGGAUGAAGAUAUGGCAGAACUGCAUCCUACUUUUACAGGCCCUGUCAUCAAAUUAAUGAUGUAUCCCCCUCCACCCGCUAAAGGUGGAAUCUCUGUGACAAAUGAAGACCUUCACUGUUUAAAUGACGGAGAGUUCCUGAACGACGUAAUCAUCGACUUUUACUUAAAGUAUUUGUUUAUAGAGAAGUUGAAAAAGGAAGAUGCCCACAAAAGCCAUGUUUUCAGCUCCUUCUUCUACAAGAGACUCAAUCAGAGAGAGAGAAGAAAUGCACAAGACACAACCAACCUACCGAUACAGAAGAGGAAGCACAACCGCGUUAAAACGUGGACGCGGCACGUGGAUCUAUUUCAGAAGGACUUUAUCUUCGUCCCCAUCAAUGAGUCAGCCCACUGGUAUCUUGCAGUGAUCUGCUUCCCAGGUCUAGAGAGGGUUCAAGUGGAGCCCAACCCUCUGUACCAGGCUCAGCCCCCAUCCCAGCCCCGGGGAAAUGCCCCACCCUCAGCCCAGCUCGGGAGUUCUGUCAUGAGGGAUGGAGGCCUAGAGGAACCCUCUCCACAUACGGAACCAAUUUCCUUCAAUCAGUUUGAGGUUAAUGCAGAAGAAGCUCUUUGUGAACAGCCUGCAAGCAUGCCUCCCUGUGCCCACAAACCAGAGCACUCCUGCGCCCACGGGAUGAACGGACAGGUCAAAGUGCAGCCACAUUACACGGAUGCUUUGCACAGAAUCAGUGUGUGUUAUAGCACCGAUGACACUGGCACCUUCUCUGAUGACCAAAGCUCAUGUCAUGAUGAGUGCAGUGAGGAUGGAACACUGGCAGAUGACACUGGAGCCUCAGAGAGCAUGGAGUGGACUUCCAGACCCACCAUCUGCAAACAACCCUGUAUUCUCAUCAUGGACUCCUUGCGUGGCCCUGCAAGAUCAACUGUGGUGAAAACAUUGCGAGAGUAUCUGGAGGUGGAGUGGGAGGUGAAGAAGGGCUCUCGGAGGAGUUUUGGGAAGGAUGUGAUGAAGGGCUCCAGCCCACGUGUGCCUCAGCAGGACAACUUCAGCGACUGUGGCGUCUAUGUCCUGCAGUAUGUGGAGAGCUUCUUCGAGAAUCCUAUACCAAGUUUUCAUCUCCCCAUGACCUUAUUGGACUGGUUCCCCCAGCAACGGAUGAAAACUAAACGUGACGAGAUCAAGGAGCUCAUUCUGAAGAUUCAGUCUGAACAGCAAUCGGACAGGGAAAACUCUGGGCAGGCGGAGCCUUGUGACAGCCCCUGCGAAGACCUGGACGUUGGAGACGCCUUAGAGUCAGCUGAUCUAAUUCCACCAAUCAGCUCUUGAGCUCCACCUCAUGCUGCUAUGCUCUUACUAUGAUGUGGUCCUGCUGGCCCGGCCUCGCGCAAAGCCGGCGGCCAGCCGGGGCCCUCUGUGAUUGUACGCUGCUGGACGACUCCGCCGUUAAUUCUUCUGAAAACUGUUUCCGUUCCUCCCUCAUUAACAAAAGAGCAAGAACACUUUUUAAUUUGUAUUAAAUAAAAUGUACAUGUACAUACGCUGGAAGGGUUUUUUUGUUUGUUUGUUUUGUUUUCUUUAGCUUUCUUUUUGGGGGUUUUGUUGCCGCCUUUGUGGAACUGACGUCUCAUCAUCUCACGUCUCACUCUUGCGCCAUCAGUGGGGUUAAAAAGUAUUCGUUAAUGUGAUGACUUCAUGAGGGGCACAGAUGGCCUUGGUCACUCCGUAAGCCUGCAGGAUUAGCUACAGUACUGUUUAAUGUCCUGUUCGGUUUGUACUUCAACUCAUGCUUCUGACUGUAUAGAACAGUUUGCUGUUGUUUGUAGACUAAAUAUCCAACACAAUCUGGAAUUAUUAUUAUUAUUAUUAUUAUUAUUAUUAUUAUUUUAUUUUUUUAUAAACAUCUAAUUCCUCAUGGCAUAACACAGUUGCUAGUCAGUGCCUGUCGAAGCUUUAUACGAUGUGACCACACGUAGGUGGACUUCAUUUUCAAUAUUAAACUAUUUGAGAUGCAAGAGUGCA